UCAAAGCACAUUUCACAGAUUCAUAGAGUUCUACGCGAAGAAGAAGCACAGAAAUCUUGCAGAAAUGGAUGUCAGGCUGAUGGGAUUCGAUCCGCUGUUGAACACUCUCCACCACAUAAUCGACCACGCCGCGGAUGACAAGUCGUCCAACGCCCCGUCGCAGACCUUCGUCCUCGACGCGAAGGCCAUGGCGGCGACGCCGGCGGACGUGAAGGAGUAUCCGAACUCGUACGUCUUCAUCAUCGACAUGCCGGGGCUGAAGUCCGGCGACAUCAAGGUGCAGAUCGAGGAGGACAACGUCCUGACCAUCAGCGGGGAGCGGAAGCGCGAGGCGGAGGAGAAGGAUGGGGUGAAGUAUGUGAGGAUGGAGAGGAGGGUGGGGAAGUUCAUGAGGAAGUUUGCUCUGCCGGAAAACGCGAAUCUGGAGAAGAUAUCGGCGGUUUGCCAGGACGGAGUGCUGACUGUGACGGUGGAGAAGCUGCCGCCUCCGGAGCCGAAGAAGCCGAGGACCAUUGAUGUCAAAAUCGCUUGAAAUCAAUGAACAUCUGGAUGACCGAUCUAAUAAUCUAAUGAAGAUGAACUGAGUCU